CCCCCAGCGCCACUUCUGCGCCGUCUGCGGCUUCCCCUCGCCCUACACCUGCGUCACCUGCGGGGCCAGGUACUGCUGCACCCGCUGCCUCGGCACCCACCAGGACACCAGGUGCCUGAAGUGGACGGUGUGACCCCUCCCACCAACAUGGCUGCCGUGACCACACCCACCAAGAUGGCCGCCCCGACACCUCCCACCAACAUGGCUGCCGCAGCCACGCCCACCAAGAUGGCCGCCCUGACUCCUCCCAUCAAUAUGGCCGUCUUGACCCCGCCUACCAAGAUGGUUGCCAUGACCCCACCCACCAAGAUGGCCGCCGUGGCCCCACCCACCAAGGUGGCCACCCUGACUCCUCCCACCAAGAUGGCCACCGUGACUCCUCCCUCCAACAUGGAUGCUGUGACCACGCCUACCAAGAUUGCUGCCCUGACUCCUUCCAUCAACAUGGCUGCCGCAGCCACGCCCACCAAAAUGGCUGCUCUGACUCCUCCUACCGAGAUGACCACCCUGACUCCUCCCAUCAACAUGGCCGUCUUGACCACGCCUACCAAGAUGGGUGCCAUGACCCCACCCACCAACAUGGCCACCGUAACCACACCCACCAAGAUGGUCGCCAUGACUCCUCCCACCAACAUGGCUGUCGUGACCACGCCUACCAAGAUGGCCACCCUGACUCCUCCCGCCGACAUGGCCGCCCUGACUCCUCCCACCAAGAUGGCCGCCAUUUCCUCAACCAAGAUGGCCACUGUGGCCCCGCCCACCAAGAUGGCCACCCUGAAUCCUGUUACCAAGAUGGUCGCCCUGACUCCUCCCACCAAGAUGGCCACUAUGACCCCGCCCACCAACAUGGCCGCCAUUUCCCCAACCACGAUGACCACUGUGGCCCCGCCCACCAAGAUGGCCACCAUGAAUCCUCCCACCAACAUGGCCGCCACAGCCACACCCACCAAGAUGGCUGGCCCGACUCCUCCCACCAACAUGGCCGCCCUGACUCCUCCCACCAAGAUGGCCACCAUUUCCCCAGCCAAGAUGGCCGCCGUGGCCCCGCCCCCCAAGAUGGCCGCUUCUUUCCCAACCCCCAAAAUACACGUUUUUCCUACCAAAAUCUUUUUAUUUUUAUUGGGGGGGUCUACGGGGGGAGGGGGCGGGGCCUCAGGGAUAGGGG